UUUUAUCAAACUUAGAAAUUUCUAAGUGUUUUUCUAGAAAAUUCCUGAGAUCAAUUUCAAAAUUUCAGAGUUUUUUAGUGAACAUUUACUCCUUUUUCCCCACUAUGUCCCUGAUAAAAUCCUCUUUCUGUGUUGAUUUUGACCUGUGGUCAUAAUGUUUUGCCUGAUCGGCGCAGGUUUCGGUUUCGUUUUCAGGGAAGCGAAGAAGAACGAAAGUCCCGCAGCUGAUGCUGACGGACCGACACAGAACCCAGCUGAUCAGACAAAAACUGGUGCUGGUUUUCUGGUCCGGAACCUCCAACCGAACCGAACCGAGCAGAUACAGUUCCGCUCUGAUGUCUUUCUCCCGGAUAACCGGAUUUCUUUACUUUCUGGGUCGCAGAGAGUUCGACAUGAGAGGCCUCAUUAACUACCAAAUGUGCUGCUGCGCCAACUCUUUGCUGCAGACGCUCAACGCCUCAUGGGAACUGGCCGACAUGUUAGAAAAGUGGAAACCCGUCGUCGGUUUGAGAGCAGAAGAUAAUGUUCCCUUUCAGCUAAAGCGAGUCCUGAAGGUGAUGCAGGAGGAUCUUCCUCAUCCCGCUCCUCAUCAGGACUUUCUCCUAUGCUUGGACAGAAACCGCAUCCGGCUGAGCGUGCAGCACGACGCAGACGAAGUUUUCUUCUCCAUUCUGGAUUUCAUUCAGCGGCAAAUGGAUGACCGAACUCUGGCUCUUGAAAUCCAGAGUUUGUAUAAGAUUUCAGUGGAAACGCAGGUGCAGUGUUUGCAGUGCAGCAGCGUGCAGACGCAGAGCAGUCACCUGCUCGGUCUGCCGCUACACAUCCAGGAAGAGCGGAACUCUCUGAAAAACUGCUUGAUCUCCUUCUUCGAGCCGCAGGAGCUGCGGGGAAUUGACUGCUGCUUUUGUGCACAGUGUGAAACCAAGACGCCAACCAAACAAGGUGUCAAGCUUUGCUCUCUGCCUCAAAUCUUGUGCAUACAAUUGAAACGCUUCAGAAAUGUACGUGGAUUCACUAGAAAACUCAACUGUAGGGUCACUUUCCCAGAAACAUUCGACUUCUCUGAGUUACAGAGAGAAGCUUUCUCUUCAGACUUCACCCAGAAUGGCUGCAGGUAUACUUUAUAUGCUGUGGUCGUGCAUCAUGGCGAAGCAAUGUUUGGACAUUACACCGCUUAUGUCCGCCACAGAAUGACCAACCGCUGGUUUUAUGCAGAUGACAGCUGUGUUUCUCAAUCCUCUUGGGAAAAUGUGCAGAAAACUGAAGGAGAUCACUACAGAGGGACAGCAUAUAUGCUAAUGUACAGAAAAGAUCCAAAAGAAGAGAACCAACAACCGGAUCUGUCCGGCUGAAGCAAGAGAAGAAUAAAAGUUGAUGAUGCAACAUAGGAAAUUAUAAAUUAUUUACAAAUGGUUUGUGGUGUUUUUAUUUUUUUUGGUGACGAGAUUAUAUUUGAUAAAUAUUUAUAACCCUUUAAGGAAGCUUGUCAGGAUUGUAAACACACCAGCAUGUUGUGACAAAGGCCAGAAGAUGGCGCUCCUAACUCAUAACUUUUAUUUUCUGAUUAAAUAAAUUUGUAUUUAAAUUUAUUUUCAUAUCACAAGCUUUAUUUUAAACAGUAUUGUGAAAAUGAUUAUGAAACUUUGUAAAGGUUUACAAAAGUUCCUGAUGUGAGAAGAAACGGUCAACUUCAGAAAAGCCGGUGCUUUUUCACCUUUUAUUAAUUUAUACCUGACUUUAUAGGGUAAAAAGAAAUAUCAGUCUGUCCUAUAUUUUACUGUUGGAAACUUCUGCUGCUUGAAAAGGACAUGCAGUAAAUUUUUCUUUUUAUUCUGCUUUUCUUAAUUUGGGGGUUCCUCAAGGAUCUAUGUGGGGAUCCCUAGUUUAUGUUUUCUACAUGCUUUUUCUUGGGUCUGUUAUUUCUUCACUCUGUGGUUAGUAUUCAGAUCAAUGUAAAGAAUUAAAUUUGCAAUAAAAAUCCAUGUUGAAAUUAACAAAAAAACCUGCCUGAAGUUG